GUCGCAUUCCACUUUCGACAUUGCUGCACUUCAUAAACGUGUUCGACGACGACGACGGCACUUUGAACUCCAACUCCCACACACUCGCUACUAUUACUGUCACUGCUACAGCUAUACACACGACGCCGCUGUUCCAUGUUUGUUUGACACAACACAAGACCCCGACCCACCGCCCCCCUCCCCUUCCUGUCCCUCGCUCCUGUUAUCUCUCGACAUAGAAACGUGGGACCCCCACGUUCGUCGACCCAAGGCCCAACACGCGCGCAGACUCCACCAAAAUAAUCUCGUCCUGGGCAGGCAGGCUGCUACCGCCGGCACAACAUCGACUCCACAGCGUUGGUUGGUACCUGCUGCUUACUGCUGCUGCAUUGACUGGCAUGUGCUCGCAACCCUCGCCACUACUACCUCAAUCAUCAUCAUAGCACCCAGCACGCAUCUACCCCACCCCUACACCCCCCCAUCACAUCCACCACCAUGCACGCUCCGAGGCCUCGACAGCCAGAGAGUGUGCUGGACAAGGCACACGCGCCUUUAACCACCACCACCACCACUCACUCGGCAUCUCCCUCACCCGACCCGACAUUCUCCUCGCUCGCCUCCCCCAUCGACUCGAUCCCAUCGCCACUCUCCCCACACUCGGCACCGCGCUCAAGAAGCUACAAGGGCAAGUCGAGGGCAAACAGCGGGCGUGACCGCGAGCACCACCGGGGCGAUCGUGACCGCGAUCGAGAGAUUGGCAGCGUCACCAUCUCACUGCGCCCCAACAAGGCCGGCAGCGGCAGCCUCGACAUGGAUGCCGGCGACGCGGCUGGCAAUGCCGUUGCGUCGUCGUCUCGCCACCCCACCUCCCCCUCGCUCCGCUCAAAGCAGUACCAUGGCUUCCGGGCACGCGCAAACUCGCUCCGCCUCCCGAGCCAUGCCGCUCCCGCGAGCAGCCUCGGCAACAAGUUUUUCCUCCCCCACUACUCGACAGACCAAAAGUUCUCGCUCCAGCGGGACACGGACGCGCCGGCGCUCCGCCUGGGUGGCGACGACCUCGACUCGACGCUCGGGGACGCGAUCCGCCGUGGGGCCAACGGCGGGGAAAUUGCCCUGCCGAAAGCCGCAUUGCGCGUGCUCAACGAGGCCAAAGAGGACAUGGACCGCAGCGCCAUGGCCAAGCAGACCCGCAAGGGCAGCAUUGGCAUGGGCUUGUUCAAGGAGUCGCGCAAGCCCGAGCGCAAGCCGACUGGCGGCAGCGGCACCGGCGCCGGCGACGACCCGUCCCGAUCGUACCUCGACGACGUCACGGAGGAAGACAAGGUGGAACCGGGGCGCCACUCGCCACUGGUAUCGUCACCGACAAAGGGCGAGAGCAGUAGCCGCCGGGCGUCGAGGCGCAGCUCUCGGGAUAUCCAGCACCAACAGCACGUGCCGCCCGACGAGUCGACGACAACCGAGACAGCAGAUGUCCGCAUCGUGUCAUCUCCGCGUCGUCGGUCGUACGCCCAUGACGAGCGGGCGGCGAGUUCGCUUGACGAGGAGGACUCGGGCUGGAGCUCGACGAGCCCGUCAGAGGACUCUGAGAUUGACCAAUUCGGCAGCGAGACCGAGACUGAGGAAGAAGCCAUGACGGUCCCCCUGCAGCCCUAUGGCCAUGCAGUCGGCGGUCACAGCAGCAUCUACCAGUUCACACGCGCAGCAAUCUGCAAGCCGCUCAUGAGCCGCGAAAAUAUCUUUUACGAAGAUGUGGAGCGCCUCGCUCCGGCUCUGCUGCCGUACAUCCCGCGCUAUCUCGGUGUCAUGCUCGUCAACUACCGACGCCACGUCCGCACCGGUACCGACGGAUCGGCUACCCCCGCUGCCGAACGCGACCUGACGCUGUCGCCGAUCGACUCGCAUCCGCCGACACCGGCACACCGCGCCGACAUGCAGCUGCGAUCGCCCGACUUCAUCGACGACGUGGCCGAGGUGCCAGAAGUCUCGCUCGACUUUAACCGACACGUUGUGCCUGACUGGCUAUUUCGGUCGACGGCAUCCUUGCAAGAUCGUGGGCGAGGUCGAGGACGUCCGAGCGCAGACGAGGAUGACGGCACCCAGUCGUCCCUGCGCUCGCCGCAUCAAAACUCGCUCCAGCACAGCUCGUUUUCUCCGUCCAGCUCUUUCAGCCGCCUCUCGCUAGGUGGUGGUGGUGGCGCUGGCGCCGGCGGCGGAGAUGUGGCGGCGUCGGUGCUGUCGGCCGGAUCGCCCAGGCUGGUGCACGUCCAACAGCAGCUGCGUGACGAGCCUGCAACGCCACAGCCGUCACCCUCCAGCCGGCAGCUGCACCACACAAACUCUACGCCGGCGUUUCACAGGCACAGCAGCAUGUUUGACGCGACAGCGACAUCCAGCGGUAUGAUGUCGCCCCAUCCUGCCUUUGGCGGCACUGGCUCCACCACUGUCAACAACAAGCUCAAGGACCACGUCUUUUCGUCGAUUCUGAAGCGGCUGAAGAAGCGCGGCCUGCACUUCCCUCGGCAUCACGACGAUGACGCGGAUGACGAGCACGAGGAGGACCGUGAGGGCUCUGCGCCGCCACGUCGUAGUCGCCCUGCCAUGCGCCACGGCAAUACGACUGGCGACGUGCGCCGGACCCAGAGCGACCGCAAUGUCGCUGCCGGCGGUAACGACUUUGCCCGGCGGAGACGCGACGACAGCACGGAGCGCGGCUUAUUCUCCAUGGACGACGACGAGCCGCUAUCGAUGCACUCGAAGCGAGUCCCGACUGUGCGCCCGCAGCUGGUGGAAGACAUUGACCCGCUGGACUCACGCCACCCCGCUCCGUCGCCGCCUCGGCCAGCCCCAUCCAUCACGUCGCCGCGCGGCUCCAUCGUUCCCCGCUCACCAUCCCUCCAAGCGUCCAACGGCGGUGACGACGUGACCCGCCAGGAGCUGUUCAUCUUUAUGGAAGAUCUCACGGGCAGACUCAAGAAGCCGUGUGUGCUUGACCUCAAGAUGGGCACGCGGCAGUACGGCUACGACGCGACGCCCCUUAAACAGAUCAGCCAGCGCAAAAAGUGCGACGCGACUACUAGCCGCACUCUGGGCGUGAGAAUGUGUGGCAUGCAGGUCUGGAACAACGCGACGCAGCAGUUUACGUCCAAGAACAAGUACCGCGGGCGUGAGCUCAAGACGGCGGAUUUCCCCCGUGUCCUCGGCAAAUUCUUGAGUGACGGCGACGACGUGCUGGCCGACCACAUCCCGUUCCUCAUGCAGAAGAUGUACAACCUGGCGGCCAUCUUGUCGACGCUCAACAGCUUCCGGUUCUACGGCUGUUCGCUCCUGCUCAUCUACGACGGCGACAAGGAGAUUCAGCAGCACUUUGCCAAGCAUGUGCACCGCGCGCCGCAUGAGCGGUCCGGGUCGUUAUUCUCUGGCCUCCCACAGCGGCGCAUGUCGAUGACGACGGGCUCGCGGCGAUCACGGAGUGCGGAUGUCCCCGACGACAAGCAGCAGGCACAGGCACAGCACCACCACCAUCACCGCAAGGUGCGCGGCGAGAUUGUUGUGCGCAUCGUCGACUUUGCGCAUACGACCACGGGGCAGGAUAUUCUGUUUCCGUACCCGAAGGGUGUCAAGGACCCGCCGGACAUGGGCAAGGGGUAUCUGCCCCUGUUCGACGAGGCUAGCGGGCUCGCGCUGGCCCGCUUCCCGCCGGUGCACUUCAAGGAGCCGGAUCUCGGCUUCAUCUUUGGCAUCCGGUCGGUCGUUGGCGCGCUCCAGGAGAUUUACGCGGGCGCGAUGGAGCAGCGGCGGGCUAGAGGGCUGUCAGUUGCGACGCUGCCCGAGUUUGACCACGCGGAUAUCUUUGACAAGUUGUUCCCGCCCGGGUUUGACAUGGGGUAUUUGUCGACCUAGCCGCGGGGCGAGGCGCGAGCGCAGCGAGCGCCGAAGGGGGAGCGGUGUGUUGUUUGCAUGAUUCUUGGGCGUGCAGCCGAGCUGCUGUGCGCUGUGUGUAGGCGGUAGGCGAGCGGAUCAGAUGCAUACGUG